AUGGCUUUCAUCCGCCCUUACAAGUCGUCCGACUUUGACGCGACAGGGCACAUUUGCCGCGCAACGCUCCCGCCCUCCCUCGAACACUCCGAGGCAGCAGUCAGGACAGCGCCCUACCUCUGGACCCACCAGUUCACCCUCCUCUCCCCUUCAACCUGCCACAUCCUCGACGACGGGCAGGGCAACGCCGUUGGCUACUGCAUCGGGUGCCCCAACGUCAACAACUUUGCCGAGGCCUACCCGCGCUACGUCAAGGAGGUGCUCGAGACGUCCACGGAGCUCGCGGGGCGGAAGCCCGCGAGCCUGGCGGCCAAGGCCCCGUGGAACGUGCCCGAGACGGGCGAGGUGAACGAGGAGGCGCUGCUGCAGCAGGCCUUCAACCCGACGUGGCUGGUGCUCGACGACGAGAGGCGGGACCUCUGGGGCGGGUGGAGGGCGACGAUGCACAUUGACCUGCUGGAGCCGUGGCAGGGCAAGGGAUGGGGGCGGAAGCUGAUUGACGCGUUUGUCGAGAGCCUGAGGGAGGCGGACCGGGCCCAGGGCGGCGAGAGCGGGAAGCGGCUGUACGGGAAGGGCGUGCACAUUGGUGUCGCGGAGGAUAAUGCCAAAGUCGUGCCAUUUUAUGAGAAGUUGGGGUUCCAGGUGUAUCCCACGGGGCAGGGCUCGAUCUGGAUGACGAGGGAUAUUGAGUAG